AUGUACAUAUAUCGAGAUAUCGAGGCUACUUCUGUCAAAGCUCACGAGAUUCGCGAAAAGACCAAAUCCGAACUUGACAAACAACUUGAAGAUCUUAAGAAAGAACUUGUCAGCUUAAAGGUUCAAAAAAUCGCUGGUGGUGCAGCAUCAAAGUUAACAAAACUGCGCGAGGUCCGCAAGUCUAUUGCACGUGUUAACACUGUAAUCUCACAGAAGCAACGAACCGAACUUCGCAAGCUCUAUAGAGGCAAAAAAUACAAGCCCACAGAUCUUCGACCGAAAAAAACUCGUGCUAUUCGUCGUCGUUUGUCAAAAAAUGAGGCCAAAAAGACGACUCUGCGUGCUCAUAAAAAGGCCAUUCAUUUUCCUCAACGAAAAUUUGCUGUAAAAGCAUAA